AUGGGAACUGAGGCAACGGUGGUUGUACUCGAUCGUCAUGAAAUGGGACCUCCAGCGCGAGUGAUUCAAGCCCUCAGCGCGCAGUUUCCAAAGCCACGCGUGGAUAAUGAAUGGCUCGAAGGAUGUUGCCAAUGGGUCAUCGAAGACCAGAAUAUUUCUCCUACAAUUGCAUUCGCUGACUUCAUGGAGGCUGUGAAGAAUCAGCUCAUUCUAUCCGAUCUCAGGGACUCUAUGCUGGAAGGUACCGGCCUUGAUGACCAUAUUGGCCAAUACACUGGCCCUUUACAUGGUCCUCCCGUCCUCGUGCAAAUCGUCGCCAUCACAGAGAUUGGAGCGAGCGCGUUUCAACUCGAUCAGAUACGUGUCGCUCGCGAAGAGCGCAUGGAGGAAGGCGUUGGGAAUGAAGAAGGGGAGGAAGAUGGCGACGUUGAGGUGGAAGGGGAGGGACCCAUGCCAAAAUAUCCUCGAGGCACAUUAAGGUUCCUACUCUCCGAUGGAGUUACAAAACUCGAUGCUGUUGAGUACCGGCCUUUCCCCGAGCUUUCUCUUGGGACCACACCUCUAGGCUUCAAGCUUCAGCUCAAAGGAACGCGUAUUCAAAAUGGCAUGGCCUUUCUUGAACCUGCCACCGUAGCUCUGAUGGGUGGGCAACAAAGCGAAUUAGAAGCUGAACAGCGUGAAGAUUUCAAGCGUGGCCUCUACGAAAGGCUAGGUCGGCCUUACAAUCUUCCACAGCCCGCAACUGUUGACCCCCCCGCAAAUCAACCUCAGCCACCAGUCAGGGCACCUCUACGCGACAUAUCGCCGCCUGCAGUUCCUGCGUUCCCUCAACACGACGACGACGUGAAUAUUGAGCCACGAAGACGGAUACCCACCAAUUCCUCUCUCAACCCUGGAUCCACCAGCUCGUCUACUGAAAACAAGCAAGCUCGACCAAUGGCACCGCUACCGUCUCGGGUGGGUAGGCCAAGUCUAGAGAGCCAAAACGGAGAGGAAGACAGACGGCCGUCUGCCGCUGAACGUGCCACACUGGUCCAUGCUGGGACAAAAAAGGCGACGAACACGAUCUCUUCAUAUUUCAACAACGGUAAUACGACUGCAUCUAGCUCAAGAGCUCUGAGAAGUGGACAACUAGGCCUGACAAUUAACAAGGCAGUCGAAGAACUCGAUUUCAACUUUGUACCGACGACACGCCAACUAAUGCGUACGUUCUCUUCUCCAUCCCCUUCUCCAUCCCCUGAGUCCAAGGCAGCGCAAGACAAGAAGGAUGCUUCUUUUGAUUUUGACCUCUUGGACGAAGUUGAUCAAGAGAACGAACCCCCACCCGCUCAGCCCUCGAAUUACAAAGGGAAAGGACGUGCAAAUCCACUGCCUUCAACUUCCCAGAGCCAAGCCGAACCCAAAGCCUUUGUGGUCGAUUCCGAUUCCGACGACUAUGGCAUGAUGGACGAUGGCGAUAUCUACGAAGAUGCAGAAUUCCUCGAGAACCUGAACGAGGUGGAACAAAAAGCCUUGGGAAGAACAUCUGCUGCACCGCCCUCUUCAACAUUCUCCGUGCCCAGAAGUGGGCAAGCCAGCACCGGCUCGUCCACGCUUGCAAGCUCACGUACUCCGUCGUCGCCAAUGCGAACAGGUGAAGUAAUCGAAAUCGACGACUCGGACGAGGAGAUAUUUGCUGAUGACAAGGAGAACGAGCCGGUUGCUACAAGACAUGUGCGCCGACGAAUGGAAGAGAAUGAAAGCAUUUUCAGAAGUCGGGCAACGUUUGGAAGUCAAGCACCAGCCUUAAGCCAGAAAACUGGGCGGCCGAUUGUCCUUGCCACCAGUCUCAGUGAUGUUAUCGAUUUGUCGGACUGA